AUGGUCUCAAUUGGUGCUGCACGUGGCUUAUAUUAUCUUCACUCACGGCAUAGGAUCAUACACAGGGAUGUGAAAAGCUCGAACAUUCUGCUGGAUGAGAAUUGGGUUGCCAAGAUCUCAGAUUUUGGCCUGUCCAAAAUGGGACCAGCAAAUGAUUCAUUCACCCAUAUCAGUACGAACGUCAAAGGCACAUACGGAUACCUAGAUCCAGAGUACUUCUUAACUCGUAAAUUGACGAGAAAAUCAGAUGUCUACGCUUUUGGAGUGGUUUUAUUUGAAGUUCUGUCUGGAAGACCUGCAUUGAACAUGAGACUUGACGAGGAGCAACACAGCCUAGCCGGAUGGGCUCGAUAUUGCAUACGAGAGGGGAAAGUGGAUCGACUCAUUGACCACAACUUGAUGGAGCAGAUUUCACCAGCUUGUUUAAAAGUAUUUGUUGGAAUUGCAGGCAGAUGCUUACACACUCAACCCCAGGGAAGGCCUUCAAUGGCAGAUGUAGGGAUGGCCCUUGAAUUAGCUUUGGCAUUGCAGCAGACCGAAGAUCCAACAGGCCAGGCGGAAGAGGUGGAAAAUGCUGGAAGAACUUACAGCGACCAUAGUGAUGGGGUUAUUUCUAUGGAUGACAUAAGUCUCCCAACGGGAGAAUCAGAUAGGAUUACCAAUGAAGAUAAUCUCAGCAACGGAAGCAGUGAUCAGAAGAGUGGAAAAAAGAAGGCUAAGGAUAAUGGUUCAAACAAUAAUGUCACACAAAGAUGGUGGUGGGACCCAUUUGGGAUUUUUUCGAGAACGCCAUCAAAAUCGAAAGCUCUGCAACAACAGCCACGCGAGGUAAUCCAUCAGUUUUCCCUCAAGGAGAUUCAGAAAGCCACAAAUAAUUUUCACAAAAGUCACAUUAUUGGCUAUGGAGGACUGGACAAUGUAUAUAGAGGAUAUAUAGAUGGUGGUAAAAAAUCUGUAGCAAUCAGAUGCUCAAGAGCUAACGCAUCCAGAGUAUCCAUGGCACAUGAGUUGCAGACAAAGAAAGCGACUCAAAUGACAUCUCAUGAUCAUGUUGCCUCUCUGAUAGGGUAUUGCGAGACGGAAUCAGACAUGAUUCUUAUAUAUGAGCACAUGGCAAAUGGGACACUCUACGACCAUCUCCAUGAUGCUUCAAAAGAUCCCCUUCCGUGGAAGCAAAGACUUCAAAUCUGCAUUGGUGCAGCUCGCGGUCUAAAGUACAUUCAUUCCACGGACGAGCAGACAAUGCUACAUCGUGACUUGAAGUCGAACAACAUCUGGUUAGAUGACAACUGGACAGCCAAGGUUUCUGGAUGGGGUUUGUCCAAAAAGACAGGAAACAAUCAGGUGCCGCCAAUUAUCAGGGGGCUUUUGGAUUCAGACUACAUACAUGGAGAAGAGUUUACAGAAAAGUCUUUUGUCUACUCAUUUGGUCUGAUUUUGUUUGAGGUGCUGUUUGCUGAAAAAGAAUCAGACCGCUGGUUCGACGAGGAUCAAGUGAGACUAGCCCAGUGGAUCAAGUCAUGCAUGAGGACUAACUUUUUGUUAAAACAUGGUAUUAUCAUAAUGCAUAGAGAAAGAUAA